ACCACCGGAGCGAACUCUUUGACACGGCGCUGCUAUUGGCGGCUGUAAAAAAGAAAGGAAGUAUUUAGUGGAGUGUGAGGCCUCAUUGGAAGAGAAAGUCCGAGACGAUUUAGCGCAGUUUUCAUCCUCGAGAAGGUGUUUCUUGAACUUCUUAAACUCCACACAGGAACGUCGCAUCAAACUGGAUCAUGUCUACGAGCCAAUUUAACAAAGGGCCCUUGUACGGACUUACGGCGGAGGUCAAAAACAAGAUCGCACAGAAGUACGAUGUCCAGAAGGAGGAGGAGCUGCGGCUGUGGAUCGAGGAGAUCACCGGCUUGUCCAUCGGCCCCGACUUCCAGAAAGGCCUGAAGAGCGGAGUCAUUCUGUGCGAGCUUAUCAACAAACUUCAGCCUGGCUCGGUGAAAAAGAUCAACCAGUCGUCUCUGAACUGGCACCAGCUGGAGAACCUGACCCACUUCAUCUCGGCCAUCACGGCGUACGGCCUGAAGCCGCACGACAUCUUCGAAGCCAACGACCUGUUCGAGAACGGCAACAUGACGCAGGUCCAGACGACGCUGCUCGCCCUCGCCAGCAUGGCCAAGACCAAAGGCUGCCAGUCGAGGGUCGACAUCGGGGUGAAGUACGCCGAAAAACAGGAGCGCAUGUUCGACGAAGAGAAGCUGAAAGGUGGACAGUGCGUCAUCGGCCUGCAGAUGGGAACCAACAAGUGUGCCAGUCAGAGCGGGAUGAGCGCGUACGGCACCAGGAGGCUCUUAUACGACCCCAAAGCGCCGGUCCAGGUCCCCAUGGACAACUCCACCAUCGGGCUGCAGAUGGGCACCAACAAGGGAGCCAGUCAGGCCGGGAUGAUGGCACCGGGAACGAGGCGCUUCAUCUACAACGCCAGGCUGGGCACCGAAAAGUGCGACAACAGCAGCAUGUCGCUGCAGAUGGGCUACAGGGACGGGGCCAACCAGGCGGGGCAGAACUUCGGCCUGCCGCGGCAGAUCUACGACCCCAAGUACUGUCCCAAGGCCGGGGAGAGCGCCGGCGACCAGAACGGGGCCGGCGGCGCCCGCGACUACAUCCCCGACUACCAGGACGAGGGUUACCAAGGCUACCAGGAGGAGGAGCAGGCGUACCCGGAGGACGGGACGGAUUACUGAGAAGAAAACCUCAAGGUGGCUUAUGUCAUGUAUCGACAGGAUAGUGCGCCUUUUAUUUUAGGUCAUGUCCUUUUUUGAGUAUUGUAUGAAACUAUUUUCUUACCCCUUUUUUUUUGUAAAACCAUCUCUAAACAUAUCAUGAAUUGUAUUUCUGUUGUUUUAUAAUAUUCAGAGUGACCACGGAGGCCGUCAGCUGUGUAUCCCAGGGAUUGUUUUGUUUGUUUUAAAGUGCCAAAGCCCCACAUCUCUCUGCCAGUGUUUUUCUGCUGAAUCAUUCGUUACAUGAAGGGAGAUCCCUUUUAUUUUUGGUUUCGUUUUAAUUGUUUUUUUUUUUUAAAGGGCAACACAGACUAAAACCUUAGGGAGAUUUUCUUUUUUUUAAAACCUGUCACUUUGAGGAAAAGGCCCACACUUUGUUCCUGUAUCGUCUGUGUAAAAAAACGACUCCUGUGAAUGAGAAUGUAUGUGUCUUUGUCUCUGUUGGUUCUCCGGUAGCUUCUUCAUCUCUUCAGUAUUGGUCAAACAUGAACCAAUGAUUUCAGGUGUUAAGACAGUAAAAGGAACAAACCAGUGUCAGUUCAAGUUUUCUCUCUCUCUCUUGUUUUAUUAUUAUUAUUAUUAUUUCCUAAUCCUUUUUUUGUAAAUGGAGGAGAUGUAGUUUUUAUAACCAUUCCAGCAGGAGAGAGGCUUGUUUUCUUUGGACUAAACUCAGCUGGGGGGAGAAGUGGAUUAAACAUUAAUAAAGUUGGAACAUUCCAAGCCAGCGUGCUGAGCCGUGAUGAGCUCGCUCACCCUUCAUCGCUGGCUGCCACACGCACCAAUCCUGUUUUAGUAUUUGAUUAUUUUAUUUAUGGGUUUUUGUGAUUUGAUAGCAGGCUGUUUUUUUUGUUUUUUUUUUUUACCUUUGCCUGAAUAAUAUUCGGUAUUGGAGUAUAUGUUUUUUUUUCCCUCUGGAAUAAUCUUUAUAUCAAUGUGAAACAAAGUUUGAAUUGAGUUGUAUUUUGUGAGUACCAUGUAAUAAAAUGGUGUAUUCGUUA